AUGGCAAGCGCACCAAAUGUUUACUCGGCAGAGCCUGCAUUCCCGAUCCUUGCUGAUUCUCUACUCCGACCAGAGUCAACGGAAAAUGCAGCUCCUUCAAAUGAGACAACCGCCAAAAAUAACUGGAAUCUCAAAAAUGAUUGGAAACAGGGUAUCCAAUCCUCCGAGGAAGCAGUAUUUCGGGGUGGGGUUGUCCUCGGCUUCUCUAGGCUUCAAAUGAAAAGCAGCGAAAGUAAUGAGUAUAUCGGACAGAUUCCUCGAUACAUCCUCGCAAAUAAACUGCGGAGUAUCAACCCAUCAUCUGAACCGAGCGCAUUCAUCAUCCACCCACGAAAUUUCGAGGCUUUUGCCCCAAGGACUCUACUCAAUGCGCUGCAGUCUUCCUCCCAUGGCCAACCCGGUCUGUCAAGGGAUGAUGCAAUCCGUAGACUCGACUCUGUGCAGUUACUCCCCGUACACAACUUCCCCAAUGCCGCACAGGCCAUCGGUAAGGUCUCGAAAGCGCUACACGAAAUCCAAGAAAAGCGAGAACAGAAAAAACCGACCGAGACAGGCCCAUCCAUCCACAACCCCAUCGUCUUCAUUGUCGUCGGCCUCGAUGCCCUAACCGAAGGCGUAAUUCGAGCCUCAAACCCAGCUCGAGGUGCAGCCGUUUUGACAGCUACACUCCGCACCUUGACGCGCUUGUCUCGCGUGCACGCCUCUCAUCUCUCGAUCAUUCUUGUUAAUACUAAUGGACUGGGAACCGUGAAUCCAGAGUGGGGUAAUAAUAAAUCGUUGACUGGAAACAAUACUGGAGAUAGUGCUGCGAGACAGCCACUGGAAGAUGGCAUUCACUCCAUCUUCCAUUCGGAUAUCUCCCCCCUGUUCCCAACCUUGCUCAUGAAGACAUUAGACCAAGGCAUUGAUACCCAUUUGUUGCUUUCUGAUGUGAGAGGAGUUCAGAUAGUCGAAGUGAUCAAAGAUCGAGUUGGUACGAGUCUGGGUAAAUGGGGAAUAUGGAAUGAGCAAUGA